GCGCAUCGGCUCUGGUGCUGCUGGCAUCCCAGAAGAAAGGGAGCAACUUGAGCUGGCAGAAGCCCUGCUUGGCCGCGGCGGUGCCGGGCACUUAGAGCAAUGCCUGGAAGUCUUCGUGGGAAACAUCGGGGAAGAAAGGACAAGCCUGGCAGCCGUGCUCAUCGACUUCAUGGCUAGCUUAGGCCACGUUCGGCACGUCACG